AUUUAAGAAAACCAUUUGUUAUUACAAAUGAAAUGGUAAUGCCCACAGCAAGAACAUGUACGAACUCGAGUAUUAGAACAUGCUUUAAUGGAGAUAUCAAAAAUAUAUGUUCCAGGAACCUAUCAAAGUAUACUGCAAAUAAUACAAAACAUUCACAGAGAAAUUUUGUAACUGGACAAUUGCAAAAGAAUCGCAUUACGUACGUCUUCCAGUAUACAAUCAAAUAAAUACAUUUAUUUCAUUCAUGCAUUUGUAAUGGAUUAUGUACCCCACCAGUAAAAAUUCUUUCAAAAAAUCGGUAUAAAUGUUCAUUUAUCAACUGGUUUCCUCACAAUCAAACUUGGCGAAUUAGCAGUCGCAACAGUUCCGCAGUGAAGUUUCAGUGAAUCAUCCAUCAUGUUCAAGUAUUUUACAUAUUUCUCCUGCUUUGUUGCCCUUGCUUUGGCUGGUAGAAAACAAGUAGUUGUUUUGUCAGGACAUGAUGCUGACUUCGGUGGAGAUUCAGGAAAAUAUUCUUCAGGCGCCGAACUGACAAGCUUAGCUCAUAGCUCUGCCAUCCAAGCUAAGACCGCCGUUCAGAAUCAACAAACCGCCGGCUCUCAAGCAGCUUUUGGUGCCAAGAGUAGCCUGGCCCAAGCCGCUUUAGGCGCUGCGGCCACCGCUCAGGCAGCUUUGGUCGGCAAACAAGCAAUCGUGCACGGCUUGAAACGUCAACUGACCCAAGCCCAAUCUCAAUUGCAAGCAGAAAUCGCCCAGUACGAACAAACCCAACAAGCCGCUGAUGCCGCAGCUGAGUUCGCCAACCAAGCUCAAUCCCAACUUUCCGCCAUCACAGCCGCCAUCGCCGCCUCCCAGGGAGCCGCCCAGCACGCCCAGGAGGCAGCUUCUGCUGCUGCAAACGCCGAGGCAUCCCAACACCAAAUGGUAGUUGAAGCUAAACAGCGCGUGGGACAUCUGAGCCAAGAAUUGCAGACUGCUUUGGGACAAUUGGCCGAAACUGAAGCUGCUGCCGAGAAAGCCCUUUCAGCUGCUCAGGUAGCUCAAAGCAAUGCUGCGGCUGCAGGUGCUGCUGUAUCUAUUGCUGCCGAGAGCUCCCAAUCUUCUGGACACGGCUCGAAGGGAUGGUAGAGGAUGUUUAGCAAAAGUUUG